GCGCAGCACUCUGUUGACUCAAAAUGCAGAUGGGUUCAAGUUCUUGAUCUUCCAAGAGAACUGAAGCGCAUGAGUCUUGCUCCGAUUUCCCUGCAGAGAUCCAACAGGCGGGCGAUCUUUACCAGGCUGUGUCUAACUAGCCAGAGCAGCCAAUAAGGGCCGUUUUGUUUCACAGCAGGCAGUAAGGAAUCGUGAGCCUAAUUGAUGCAAUAGGUCUAGAGCGGGGAAGUCUGUUGACCGCAACCAAGUGAACCUACCUCUGAGACUUCUACUACGAGAUGGCUAUCUUCGUCCCGACUAAUGGCCUAUCGCCUGGUCAUAAGGGGGCUGAAACCCCAUCAUUAUCACUCAGUUUGACAUCCUGACAUUCACUUCCCAGAUUCGAGAUCCUCAACUUCCUGUCGUGUCCAUCGUGUACUCCACAACUCAUCCCAGCUUUGGGGGCAAUAAACUCAAUUGUCAGCCAAAUAUGAUCUCCUGGCAUCGAGAAACGUGUGGUCGACCAGAUGUCUAUCUGGUUGACGGAGGCAUACCCUUCUGCAUGAGUUGCGAUUCGUUGGCGCCUUUGGACGACCUGUCAGCCAGUCAGGUCCCGUCAAACCCAUCAGUGCUUUAUCAUGACGAGACAAAGGCUCUAUCACUGCACUGGCCAGCUUCUGUUGACUACGAGACUCAUUGCUACGACUCCAAUGGUUGCGAUAUCUCAUCACAGCUUGCAGAGAUUCUCGGUACCGAACCAUGGGACGACAAGACGAGCAGGCCAUCCAGCGAGCGGCCCUCAAGCAUGAAAGCAAAAGAUGGAGUUUCUUCUUGCGAACCAUUGUCUUCAGGCCAAGGGCCAAGACAAGGGGCCAUAAACCCGUCGUCACUAAAUCCACGAGAAGACAAUCUAGUCGCGUCCGACAGUAUUCGAAUCUUGUGUCUCAGCAAGGGCAACAAGUCUGAUCCGUUGCAUGGCCGCUUGGAAGUUUGCCAACUCAAAUACUUCCCUGAAUAUGAGGCGCUAUCUUACACCUGGGGCACUGCAUCAGGAAACUCGAGCAGGACGAGGAAGCUUUACCUGGGACGCGAAUGGAGCAUACUUCCCAUCACCAUCAAUUGUGAGGCGGCUCUACGCGCCCUCCGUCUUCCUGAUGCCGACCGACGCAUAUGGGUCGAUGCAAUUUGUAUCAACCAGGAAAACGACACCGAGCGCACCCACCAGAUUCAGCUGAUGCCCAUAAUAUAUGCGACCGCAACCCAGGUAGUCAUCUAUAUUGGCAAUGAGAAAUGGGACGUAGAUAUAGGAUGGACUUACAAAAUCGAACGACAACAACGAACUAUAACUCGCAACCAAUGGGAAAAAAAUUGGGACAAGAUGGACAGCCGACUAAAGUGCCACUACUUCUUCCGAAGCUGGAUAAUCCAGGAGAUUGCCGCUGCUCGAAAAGCCUGGGUCACCGACGGAUCAUCGUGGCAACCGUGGCCCAUCAUCGAUGCCCAGGCUGAGGGAUAUGCUUCAAGGACAUUCCUUCCCUGGAUCAAAGACUUCGAGACACGCAAAUACAGGUUGCCCGGUUACUUGGUGAGGUUGGUGAUGGACUCCUGGUCUUCACAGGCGUCUGAUCCGCGGGACAAAAUAUUCGCCCUUCUUGGGGUCGUCACAGGGGCUGCAGCUGAUGGUUUAGUCGGGGACUACUCUCUCUCAGUUGAACAAGUAUAUACUGGUUUAGCCGCAUUUGCCUUGACCAAACAUGGAGAAGUCGACAUCCUCCGUUACGCCAGCGGAUACGCAAAGUCGAGGAACCUGCCAUCUUGGGUACCUGACUGGCGCCUCCUCUCGCGCGACUGGGGAAUCAUGCUACGAAUGGAACAUGUCGAGCUGCAAUCUGUCCCAGCGCCCGAUGAAUGCAUCCAAUACCCAUGGCAGCUGCGUCGUUGGGGUGAAGAUGGAUGGGUUCGGAACAAGACUGAUGAUGUCAUAUCUGAUGAGCUCACCCUUCCAAAGGCGACAGUUCAUGGGCCUACUGGUACGCUGUGCGUCCAUGGAAUUAGGCUAACAAGCCUGACGAAAAAGUUCAAACGACAUGACUUUUCCACACAUGCUGUCUUUUGGGGGGAUUUCUUCAGCGUCACCGCACCACACAACUCGGAAUUUGAUGACUGCAUCUAUUUUCUCCGCGGGUUUGACGUACCGGUAGCCCUUCGCCCGGUGCGAAAGAAGACUCGCUAUGGGCUUCCUAGGAAAGACUUGUUUACAUUCGUCGGCUUGUGCUAUGUUAGCCCCGGCUCCUUGAUCACACUAGAAGGUUCGGAUUUGAGGACGGACUAUCCUGAUGAUCUUGCACAAAUAUCACAGUGGACUGUUUUACAUGCUUCUACCGGUUUUUUCGAAGGGUUGCGGAUGGAAAACACUCAAGCUCUUCAUCUGAAGCUAGCCGAAAUGUGCUCCGCAGCCCAUACGGAAUAUUCUGCGUGGCAAGUAGCCUUUUUCAAAGAUCUCAGACAGCGGGUCAACAUGAUUUGGGACAAUGUUCUACACCGAUUCGGAAAGGAUGCAUUUGCCCUGACAGCUCGUCGUGGUGCAUUGAGCGACUCAGACGAGGCAUGUGCAGGACAGUCAAAUUUCUGGUCCGAAACCAUAGUACUGAGCGACCUAGAAGAGGCAUUUGCAAGACAGACAGAAGCUGCCAGCUCGACAGCAAGAGGAAGGUGACAGAUACUGUCCAAGAUGGUACGACUUCGCGGGCGUCAGUUUAUACUGGUACAACAUGCGAUAUAUCCACGCCAUAAAGGCUGCCGGCUACCUUGAACAGGCUCUGGUGUAUAUGGAUACUGCGCACGCAGAGAACUCGAGCACAGCGGCGUCCGUGUUAAAGGUCAACAUUGAUGUAGCAACAGAGUACCAAAGAGCGACGUGCAUAGCCUCGAUGGAGAUCAAAUUGGCAGCCAAGUCGUUGGUGCUCCCAAUGUACGAGACGGAUCCUGAAGAGGCGAUGGAUGAUUGGCAGAAGAUAUUCAUCAUCUAAAGUUUUUUGUUCUUCG